AGUUUUGUUUUUUAAUCUUCGUGUUUUCAUCGAUCCAUGCACGUGACUUUGAUAACCAUUAUCGUUAUCGCUACGAUCUUUUAUUACUUGAUUAAGUUCUACGUAGAAGAUUGGUUCUACGAUUUGGAAAUGGAUUCAUCCAAAUCGAAAGGAGACAAAGAGAGAGUUGACACGGAUGUUUUUGAAAUUUCAUCGGAUGAGUCUUCUACCGAAGAAGAAAGAAUAAAAAAUUCUUUACCUUUAGGCAAUGCUCUGAAACAAAAAUAUUCUUCUAUUAAAGAAUAUAUCAACAUUAAUUCAAAUCCUACAGAUAGUGUCUAUAAGAAGAAAGAUCCAAUCUUACUUGAUAUAAGUAUGGAAUCAGAUUCCAAUAAUUCUGAUAAUUUUAAUCAAUUAUCGACUUUGAAACAAGGACAGUCUUGCGUUGAAAAAAGUAGUAGUAUUGAUAUAAAUCCUAAACGUAGCUACAAGAAGACUGCUCCAAACGUGUUUGAUAUAAGUACAGAUACAGAUUCUGAUAUCUCCGAUGAUUUUACUCAAUCCUCUUGUGCUUCGCAUGCUGCAAGAAUGACGUUAUUUUCUUGGAAGAAACAAAAACGAGUAAGUGCAGAUUCCGAAGAUGACAAUAAUGCUAAAAGAAAAAAUAUGUCUAUAGUUUUCGAUAAUACCUCAGAAUCUACAUCAAAAACAAAACAAUCCAAAAUAAGAAAAUUAUCAGAACGACAAAGGUUUACAAAGAAUAAAGAUACACCGAUUAAAUAUUUGGAGCCACCUAUUCCUCCCAUUAUUUCUGAGGAGAUCGAAACGAAAGAAUUUCCGAUGACAGAUAUAACGCAGCACGAACUAAUCAUCGCUGGCAGUAAAGUGAAAUUUCCAGUGAAGCCGUAUCCUUGUCAAUUCGCCGUGAUGAAUAUACUUAUUCAAAGCUGUACAAAAGCAACCCAUUGUCUAGUAGAAAGUCCUACCGGAAGUGGAAAAACUUUGGCUCUGCUUUGCGGCGUACUGGCUUGGCAAGACAGCUACAAUGAACAAAUCGAGAAGGAAUUUAAGGAGUUAACGAAGCUGUCUGAAUCUAUGGACAAUCUUGAUGGUCAGAAAAGUGAAUAUCACGAUGAAGAAAACGAUGAUUGUAUUGUGAUCGAACCGACGAGCUCGCAUGCUUCUUCCGAUGGAUCGAAGAAACCUUCAUUUGAAGAUAUAAUUUAUUUGGAUGAUUUAAGCAAUGAUAAUAAAGAGAAUACACGUUUGAAAGUACCGAAAAUUUAUUAUGGAACUCGCACCCAUAGACAACUCAAACAAGUCAUAAAGGAACUUGGUCGUACCAGUUACAGACACAAGAAAAUGACUAUACUGAGCAGUCGAGAACAUACUUGCAUUCAAGAUACUACAACUAACAAAUCAGAAUUCUGUUACAAUCUACUCGAUCCUGAAAAGGAAUUAGGAUGUCUUUAUUACAACGAGAAAAAUAAAAAGGAUCUAUCGACGUUCUCUCAAUUGGAAAGUAAUGGAAUCACUAUGCCAUACGAUAUCGAAGAUCUCGUCGAAGUUGGGAGAAAAAAUCACGUUUGUCCAUACUUCGCUGCUAAAAGUUUAGCCGAGGAAGCUGAGAUAAUAUUCUGUCCUUACAAUUACAUAAUCGAUCCUGACAUCCGUGAAAGCAUGCAAAUUAAUUUGAAAAACGAGAUAAUCGUAUUGGAUGAGGCUCAUAAUAUCGAAGACAUCUGUCGCAAUGUCGCCGGUGCCGAUUUUAGAGAAGACGAAUUACGCUCGAUCCUUGCAGACUGCGGAACAUUAAAAUCAAUGGAAUUCAUUGAAGAACGCGAUGCCUACUCGAUCAUAAAUUCUUAUAUCGAGGGUCUCAUCGAUUUUAUUAACAGUAUUACUCUAAAUCCAACGGAUAAAGAUGAUGAAAUGAAUGGUCCUUAUUGGACGGGCAGCGAAUUGUUGGAAUUAUUUAACAUGCACAAUAUUGGUACUUCAAAAUGCGUACUAAUAAUGAGUGCCGCACAAAUAGCAAUAUCUGAAUUUAAUAACACAAGGGAAAAUCUUCGCGUUAUGAAACAUGAUAAAUCGAAUAAGAAUAAAAAAACUAUUUCACGAAGUACUAAAAUCGUUCUUCAACGUUUGAUAUUCGCUUUAAAAAAAAUAGCUUCCGAAGAAUAUGCGAAUGAUUAUCGAGCUUAUGUAAGCGAAUCAUUCGUUUCUGAUAUAUGGUACAAAGUUCCAGACGAUACUUGGUCGUCACAAAGGUCUGGAAAACGUUUGAGAAGUCUCAAAUUGAUUUGCAUGAAUCCUGCUGUAAUCUUUGCUCCUUUGGCACGUGAAGCAAGAUCGAUCAUUUUGGCAUCGGGUACCUUGACUCCUACAACUUCUUUCCAAAGCGAACUUGGCACGAAAUUUGCUUAUAUACUUACUGCCAAUCAUGUGAUCGAUAGCGAUCAGGUCUAUAUCACAUGUGUACCGAAAGGACCGACUGGCGUGUCUCUAAAAGCUAAUUAUCAAAAUGUUAAUAGUUGGAAUUUUCAGGACGAGCUUGGAAGGUUGCUGGUAAAAGUUUGUCAAUCAGUACCACACGGAGUACUCUGUUUCUUCUCCUCAUAUUAUAUGAUGAAUAAUCAAAUAAAAAGAUGGAAGAACAAUAAUUUUUGGCAUAAUAUAGAAAGAUACAAACGAAUAUUUAUAGAGCCACGUAACAAUAAUGAUCUAGAACAAGUUAUGAGAGAAUAUCGCGAGGUUAUUGAAGAAACAUCCGAAAUAGAUUCUAAUAAUAUUGAAACGUUGUCCGGUGCAAUUUUAUUCGCAGUUUUUCGAGGUAAAGUUGCUGAAGGUAUCGACUUUAGUGAUGACGAGGCACGUUGUGUAAUAACAGUUGGCAUACCGUAUCCUGUAAAAAAAGAUCCAGAAAUUGAAAUGAAAUGGGCAUAUAAUGAUAAAAAUACUUCUAAGGGAUUGGUCAAGGGCUCUGAUUGGUAUACCAUACAAGCGUUUAAAGCUUUGAACCAAGCUUUAGGUCGAUGUAUCAGACAUAGGAAUGAUUGGGGUGCUGUUUUGUUAGUAGACGAAAGGUUUGUUGUUGUUGUUGUUGUUAUUAUUGUUAUUGUUAUUGUUUUUGUUCUUAACAAAAUUCGUUUAAAGAAUUUUAUUUAUAAGAGUUUUUAUAGAUUUCAGUCUUCUGCUAAUAUUAAUAAUUUACCCAAGUGGAUCAGAAUGAGGUGGAGGAACACUUCAGGUAAUAAUCUUAUUAAGGAACUAGAAAGUUUUGUGAUGACGAAAAAGAUUCAAAAACAAAAGGAAGAUACAUAACAAGAUUGUUUGUUUGUUUGUUUUCUUUUUUUUUUUUCUUUUUUUUUCUUCUCUUUUUUUUUAUAAACUUAAGACUUAUUGUUACUUAUUGAUACUGAUGUACCGUAUGAAGUAUUUUAAUAUCAGAUAGUUUAAUUUUUUACAAGUAGAUUUUUUCGUUUGUAUGUAUUAUGUUUCAACAAUAUUUUUAAGAAUUCUUUGUCAAACUUCAUUUUCAUAAAUGUGUUUAAUU